UUCACCCAUUUCACGAGUUCUUAAUUUUUUUUUUCAGGUUUAAGUGCAUAGAUUUGGAUGGAAAUGGGGUUCUCACAUCCACUGAGAUGCAAUUCUUUUACGAGGAACAGUUGCAUCGAAUGGAAUGCAUGGCCCAAGAACCUGUUCUGUUUGAGGACAUAUUGUGUCAGAUAGUUGAUAUGAUCUCACCAGAGGUUGAAAAUUACUUUUUUAAUGAUUACCUUCAAUUUACUUCUCUUUCAUUGUGUUUAGAUAUUAUCCCUUCACUGGCAAUGACACCAUCUUGCUUGCAGAUGGAAGAUUACAUCACGCUGCAUGACUUGAAAGGAUGCAAACUUUCAGGAAAUGCUUUCAAUAUUCUUUUCAAUCUUAAUAAAUUCAUGGCUUUUGAAACUCGUGAUCCAUUUCUCAUUCGCCAGGAACGAGAAGAUCCAACUUUGACACGGUGGGAUCGCUUUGCACAUAGAGAAUAUAUUAGGCUUUCGAUGGAAGAAGACGGUGAAGAUGUAUCUAAUGGAAGUGCAGAAGUUUGGGAUGAAUCACUUGAGGCACCCUUUUGAGUUCAAGGAGCUGCCUAUGGAUGCUUGCAAUGCUUCCUUGAGCUCAUCUUUGAACGAAGACACAUCGUUUCGUAGCGAUUCUUCUUGAAUGAAACUCAUCAGGGUUGCAAACCUCAUCAUUGAUAAAUUUGAAGCCUGGUCAUGUAGCUCUGAUGCGUAAUUGUCUGGAAGGCUAUGUGCUGACCAUUGCACAAUUGAAGCGAGCUGCACUCUGAAGUCCUACAGUGAACCUCUAAUUGGGAAUACCAAAAGCACCAUUCACAAAGGAAAGGUUAUAUUGCUGACCGAUACUUCAUCACUAUUCAGGUAACAAUAGUCCAUAAAUGGUGGUUUUGAAUGCUUUGUUUCAGAAGAAUCGGCCUGGUGCGUAAUUGCUUUCUUUCCUUCGUCUGAUCUCCAUGGCAAGAUGGAAAAUAUGGCUUGGCGUGUUUGCCCUGUAAGCCCUUACUGGGGCACUUUGCGUGGAUGAUACCGUCUUUUUAACUCUCCCAACAAAA